CGCGUGCGGUUUUCCACACUCCUGUUGCGCCGCUAGCAUCUCCCCCAGUCGGUCGCGCUACGCGUUGCACGACAGUAUCAUUCACUAUUUUUCACCAUGGCUUCCGUACAGGCCGCCCCGGGCUUUGCUCCCCAAGAACGCAUGGCGCUCGCGUCCGCCACACUUCCUCCAGGCCUCACCAAAGAACAUGUUCAGGCCGCCUAUCUGAAAUACACACAGCUGAAAGAACAAGGCGUUGCCGAGGACGACCCCGAAUUUCGCAAAGCCCGGGCCCUCCUCCAGGCUGUCCAGAGACAGAACACCAUGUAUAAGCAGAUGCAGACGCGCAUGCAACAGAACCAGCUGCAGCAAGCCCAGCAGAACCACACACAGCAACCAAAUGGGAACGGAGUAGCCGCCAUGACCAAUGGCGCAAAGGCUGCCCCAGGUACAUCGAGUGAUGGCCCACUCACUUCAGGCACAGCUGCGUCUCCCCCAGGCGGUAUCCAGGUCUCUACUCAGGGGCAAGCUGCGGGUUCUGGUCAAGGAAAGACGCCUACGUCCGCAACUGGCCCUGGUAUGAGCCCAUUCAACCAGGACCAACUCUUGAUCCUGCGAAACCAGAUUGCCGCCUUCAAGCGCCUGUCGAAAGGCUUACCGCUCCCUCCCAAUAUGCAGCAGACUUUGUUCGCAUCACACCAAUCCAAGAAGCCGCCAACGCCGACGGAAGCGGUUGCUGCCGCCAGCCAAGCGCUUGAUGAUGCGACCAAGACAGCAAGUGUUGCUGGAACAGAAGCUAACACAGACCAAUCUGACUCGAAUAGCCACACGGGCUAUGAGACUUCCGCAUCACCUUGGAAACAUAUCAGCGAUCCCGUGAACUACAUCGACCAUUCUUUCCGCGACCAGCGCCAUCAGCUACCGUCUAUAAUGCCAAUUGGAGUUGACGUCGACAAGGUGCGCGAAGAGCGUGAGAACAUUGUAUACAACAGGGUUCUCUCAAGAAAGGCGCAAUUGGAAAAGCUGCCCGCAAACAUUGGCACAUGGGACACGAGCAAGUCGGACGCCCCAGCUGAGAACGGGAAUCUUAAGCUCAGGGCCCUCAUCGAGUACAAGGCGCUGUGCCUUCUACAAAAGCAGCGAUCCCUUCGAAACGUCAUCAGUAGAGAAAUGGUCCAGUCUGACAACCUAGCGAUGACGGCAAACCGUGCCCAAUAUCGCCGAAUCAAGAAGCAAUCGCUUCGUGAGGCUCGCAUUACCGAGAAGCUCGAGAAACAACAGCGCGACGCUCGGGAAACUAAGGAGAAGAAGAAGCACAUUGACUUCCUCAAGUCUAUCACCACCCACCAAGAAGACAUCCAGAAGGCUGCAUAUGCUCAACGCCAACGAAUGCAGAAGCUUGGUAGGACUAUGAUACAGACACACCAGAACAUUGAAAAGGAAGAACAGAAGCGCGUCGAACGUACCGCCAAACAGCGUCUACAAGCUCUCAAGGCCAAUGACGAAGAGACUUACUUGAAGCUGCUCGGCCAAGCCAAGGAUACUCGUAUCUCGCAUUUGUUAAAGCAAACAGAUGGUUUCUUGAAACAGCUUUCCGAUUCCGUCAAAGCACAACAGCGGAGUGCUAUGGACCGGUACGGUGAUAGAGGCCGUCCUGCCGAAGAAUCCGAGAGCAGUGAGGAUGACUCCAUGGAUGAAGAUGGAAGUAGCAAGCGGGUGGCAAAGACUGACUACUAUGAAAUCGCCCAUCGCAUCAAAGAAGAAGUCACUGGCCAGUCGUCAAAUCUCGUUGGUGGUACUCUGAAAGAAUACCAGGUCAAGGGACUGCAGUGGAUGAUAUCGCUGUACAACAACAACCUCAACGGUAUCUUGGCUGAUGAAAUGGGUCUCGGCAAGACUAUCCAGACAAUCAGCUUGAUCACGUAUCUUAUCGAGAAGAAGCAGCAGCAAGGCCCAUUUCUGGUCAUCGUGCCACUCAGCACCUUGACGAAUUGGAACAACGAGUUUGACAAGUGGGCCCCGAGCGUCCAGAAGAUUGUCUACAAAGGUCCUCCCAACGCCCGGAAGCAGCAACAGCAGCAAAUCCGCUGGGGCCAAUUCCAGGUACUCUUGACGACUUACGAAUUCAUCAUCAAAGAUCGUCCUGUUCUCAGCAAAGUCAAAUGGCUGCACAUGAUUGUCGAUGAGGGUCAUCGUAUGAAGAACGCCGGCUCGAAGCUCAGCGUUACUAUCACGCAAUACUAUACCACCCGAUAUCGUAUCAUUCUUACAGGCACACCUCUCCAAAACAAUCUCCCAGAGCUAUGGGCACUUCUCAAUUUUGUCCUUCCUACCAUCUUUAAGUCAGUCAAAUCGUUCGAUGAAUGGUUCAAUACCCCGUUUGCGAAUACUGGUGGACAGGAUAAAAUGGAGCUUACCGAAGAAGAACAGCUGCUUGUCAUUCGUCGGUUGCAUAAGGUUCUUCGGCCUUUCCUCCUCCGUCGUCUCAAGAAGGAUGUCGAGAAAGAUCUUCCUGACAAGACGGAGCGAGUCGUGAAGUGCAACUUCUCAGCCCUUCAAGCCAAGCUGUACAAGCAACUCGUCAAUCACAAUAGGCUUAUAGUUAGCGAUGGCAAGGGAGGAAAGACCGGUAUGAGGGGCUUGAGCAACAUGUUGAUGCAACUGCGGAAGCUGUGCAAUCACCCCUUCGUCUUUGAAGAAGUUGAAGAACAGAUGAACCCAGGGAAAAUAUCCAACGACCUCCUGUGGCGGACAGCCGGCAAAUUCGAGCUACUUGACCGGGUCCUACCCAAGUUCCAAGCCACCGGGCAUCGUGUCUUGAUGUUUUUCCAGAUGACUCAAAUCAUGAACAUCAUGGAGGACUUCUUGCGUCUAAGAGGUAUGGCGUACCUGCGACUUGACGGCUCCACGAAAUCUGAUGAUCGGUCUGAGCUGCUUCGAAAGUUCAAUGCGCCCGACUCGCCCUACUUUUGUUUCCUGCUAUCAACGCGUGCCGGCGGCCUGGGUCUGAAUCUUCAAACUGCAGAUACGGUCAUUAUCUACGACUCGGAUUGGAAUCCCCAUCAGGAUCUUCAGGCUCAAGAUCGCGCUCAUCGCAUUGGUCAAAAGAACGAAGUUCGAAUUUUGCGACUCAUCAGCUCCAAUUCCGUCGAAGAGAAGAUUCUGGAGCGUGCUAACUUCAAGCUCGAUAUGGACGGCAAGGUCAUUCAAGCUGGUAAAUUCGACAACAAGUCCACGAACGAGGAACGUGACGCCAUGCUCAGGAUCAUGUUGGAGUCUGCCGAAGCUGCGGAGCACCUGGAACAGGACGAAAUGGAUGAUGACGACUUGAAUGUGAUCAUGAUGCGCUCAGAGAAGGAGCUUGAGAUCUUCGCGCAAAUGGACCGCGACCGCGAGAAGAAUGACGAGUAUGGUCCGAAUAGGAAGUACCCUCGUCUUCUUGGCGAGUCCGAGUUGCCAGAACUCUACAUGUCAGAGGACAACCCGGUCGUUGAAGAGAUUGAAGAGACCCGUGGUCGUGGUGCGCGCGAGCGGACGCGAGUCAAGUACGAUGACGGCCUUACGGAGGAACAAUGGCUCGAGGCUGUCGACAACGACGAGGAUACCAUCGAAGCUGCUAUGGCUCGCAAAGAGGCGAAAAUUGCGAAGCGUAAUGCGAAUAAGGCAAGGCGGACUGGCGAUUUUGGAGAUGAUGACUCUCCUGCUCCGUCCCGUGAAAGCUCUGAGUCACCCGCACCGAAGAAGCGUGGCCGCAAACCAAAAGCUGCUGAGAAGCGGAAGGCAGACGAAGCAUCGCUAGACGGAGACCCAGCGCCACGAAAGCGUGGCCGUCCGACACCAAACAAAGUUCAGGAAACGCUCAGCAAAGAGGACCGUGAGACCCACCAACGCAUUCUGAACGCCGUUUACGAAUCUCUGAAUGAUCUCGAAGAAGAGUCUAAUGACGACGAUAUUCCAAAUCGGGGUAUCAUCGAUCCGUUCAUCGAGCUGCCGGACAAGUACGAUUAUCCGGAUUACUACCAAAUCAUCAAGAACCCGAUCUGCAUGAACCAGAUCAAAAAGAAGAUCAACAAGAAGGAAUACCAGAGUCUAAGGCAGUUCCUAUCAGAUAUUCGGGCUCUCUGCAAUAACUGCCGAACGUACAACGAUGAUGAGAGUAUCCUCUACAAGGAUGCGAAUCUGAUUGAGCAAACCUGUAUCGACCGUCUGCGGGACGAGACAGAGGCGCAUCCUCACCUCCAAGAUUUUGAAAAUGUCGGAUCCUCGAUGGCAGAUGGUAGAUCCACUGCUCCUAUCUCGAGCGUCGGCACGCCCUUAGCUUCUACUUCUGGCAGAUGAUCCAUAUAGACUAUUUCAUUCAAUUGAAACAACAGUAGUACGGCAUUAAGAUUCCCACUUUCUCACGAUGAACAUGGAGGGAGAAUCGGUCUUGUGAUGGCUCGAC